ACUCAACCUUCUUCGGAGCAGAAACCAAAUGGGAGUGUCUCGUCUCGGGGGCGGAAUCGAGAUUACUCACAUGACAUUCGGUUCCAUCGAGUCCAAAUUCCGGCGUCCUAUACCGUUUGGCGUUCAGUCAUCAACGUGAACCAGUCUCUACUCUACUCCCACCUUCACAGUCGCUCACACACCCACACCCACCCAUAUCCGUAUCAACUCGCGUAUUCCACUACGUAUGCUAACAAGUAUUGACACUAGGUAAGUGCAGUGUAGGCCUGAUAUUCCCCCGCCAGUCUGCGCCCUUCUAUGGGUUAGGCACUUUACUACCUAGGCUGCUGCGUAUGCUCUUGUUGUUCGAUGCGCGGGCUCUGAAACAAGGCCAUAGACAAAUGGCGCUCCCCCAUCUCACCAUCCCGCCUAAGAGCUCGUGUGGAGCUGCCGAAUUGCCUUUUCGUUUGACAGCGGACGACGAAGCUCGCAUCAAGUCUCGGGCCCUGAUCCCUGCUGGUGCCCGGCUGCUACCCCUGUCAGUCGUAGCUGUUAGUCACCUGGAGUUCGGUGCGCCGUUCGCUUUGACCUCUCUUUGGAAGAUUCUUCAGACAUUCGAAAAUGCCAAUCAUCAAACAUGGACUUUGGCGCGCUCGGUCGACUGUCGCGCUCGAGAUGAAUCCUACCGCCUUGACGUUUGCUGGACGGAGCAUUGGCGGCUUUCGAUUCCAUCAUCAAGCCAUUUUCCUCACGCCCACUUUUUGCGGAUGCAGGCACACCUCCAAUCACCCCUCCCGGGCCGGUCUCGCCCCCAACCCAAAGAGGCAGUCACCAGGCCAAGGGACUCGAAACUCAGGACCACUUGCAAGUGCUUUGAUCCAAGUAAUGUAUCCCGAUACGCCCACAAAUAUUCAUAUUAUUAUCUGCUAUUGCUCAGCAGUCUCAGCGAGCUCAACGAAAGGCCGCCUCCAGAUUGAGCCCGCAAGCUCCUCGCCCUCCCGUUGGUCCCAGCCCCGAGUGCAUGCGUCUUGAUACACCCUGGAACCAAUUAAUAUCAGCAUCCAGUCCAGCAAAGGAAGGAUUCCCGCUAUAAAAAGGUGGAUGCGUAAUUGCGGGCAGUGUUCUUCCUGGACGCUAGCUAUAUCGUCACCCUGAUGGGGAUUAAUUGCCCAUGUAGCAUUGGGGUACUCCCACUGGGCGUAGGCCUAGUCGGAAGCU